AUGAGUAGCAUCGCAAUCACUAUACAGAAGGACAACCUUUAUGAGAUUAACGGAGAAAAUCAUGAGCUGACAAUCAGUCUGAACAUGAUUCCGGGUGCUACCAAACUCCGCAGGCGGCUCCGUGAUCAUGGCGAACUGAUCAUCUGUCCGGGAGUUUAUGAUGGCCUGUCUGCAAGAAUUGCCAUGCAACUCGGCUUUGAAGCUCUCUACAUGACUGGUGCGGGGACAACCGCCUCUAGACUUGGGAUGGCAGAUCUCGGGCUCGCCCAGCUCUACGACAUGAGAACCAAUGCGGAGAUGAUUGCAAACCUGGACCCUUGUGGUCCUCCUCUGAUUGCUGACAUGGAUACUGGCUACGGAGGUCCACUCAUGGUCGCCAAAUCCGUCCAGCAGUACAUCCAAGCUGGCGUGGCUGGCUUCCACAUUGAGGACCAAAUCCAGAACAAGCGAUGCGGCCAUCUCGCGGGUAAGAAAGUUGUCAACUUGAAUGAGUAUCUCACCCGCAUCCGCGCCGCAAAGAUAACCAAAGACCGACUUCGUUCAGAUAUUGUGGUGAUUGCCCGCACCGAUGCGCUGCAGCAGUACGGCUACAACGAGUGCAUCCGGCGGCUCAAGGCAGCGCGGGAUAUUGGAGCGGAUGUAGGUCUGCUGGAGGGAUUCACUUCCAAGGAGAUGGCGCGCCAGGCAGUCCAGGAUUUGGCCCCGUGGCCAUUGCUGCUCAACAUGGUUGAGAAUGGGGCCGGCCCGGUGAUUACAACGAAGGAGGCCAAGGAGAUGGGGUUUCGGAUUAUGAUCUUCUCCUUUGCAUCAUUGGCGCCUGCGUAUCUGGGCAUCAGGACUGCUUUGGAGCGAUUGAAGAACGAAGGAAUCACCGGUAUCCCUGAGGGACUGGGACCUAAGAAGCUCUUUGAAGUCUGUGGUUUGAUGGAAUCAAUGAAAAUCGACACAGAGGCGGGAGGCAAUGAGUUUACUAACGGCGUCUGA